ACGGUCUCUUCAACACAUUCGCUGUGACUUCUGACUUUGAGUUUGGUUGCCGUCCAGCUAUCGACCGCACGUCCCUCCGUUCCAUUGGAUGAUCCGUUGCCGUUCCCUUUGCUUUGUUGGACCUUUUUUGGAAUCGUGAACGCCACGGUCAUGGCGAAUUCCGAUGUGGAAACCGGAAGUCGAUCGGUUCAUUUCAGGCUUUCAGCGCGUCAUAUCCUUUUUCAGCCUUAUGGAGUUCCCCGUCUCACAUCUGUCUCCACAUGCGGUAUUAUCGAAUGUCGACGGCAAUCGGUAGUGAUUCCCGAGUGCAGAGUCCAGACGGCGGGCACGAUGUCGCCCUCCAAAAGGGGUUUGAUAGUUGAUCGAUUCCAAAAGCCUGAUCAUUGGGUUGAUCGAGAUUACCGAAUCCCAAUCGGCCGCCCUGUACGUAAUCCGACCGACCAUGGUCCUCUCAGCUUGUGUCGUCACACGAGGGCAAUUCUACAGGAAGCCAUGAACGCCUCCCAACACCAUCGCAGAAACACAUACAACGCGAUAUGUCACCUUCUCAGUUCUCACGUUUCCUUUCGCCCCGCCAUCCCAGGCUUUCCCCAGGCGGUCGCUCCCCACCCCCGAUCACUACACCCCAUGCCCGUGAACCGCAUAUCCCUAUGAUCGAGUAGCAUACGGAAUACCCUCUACCUGCUCUUCCCAGCCAUGGGUCGAAAACGGGUAGGUAGCAUACCGAAGGAUGGGAGACCCUCCAUUCAGGGCCAAGGCGACAUCCACACCACUUACCAGUCUAUAUCCCCACUUCCCCAGCUGUUGACCCUCUCCCAA